AGUAAGAACGCCCAGCGUCAGAAUACCCGCCCAAACGCCUAUCCGAACGCCAGUCCGAACCCGAGUCCGAACGCCUGUCCGAACCCGAGUCCGAACGCCUGUCCGAACCCGAGUCCGAACGCCUGUCCGACCCCGAGUCCGAACGCCUGUCCGAACCCAAGUCCGAACGCUUGUCCAAACCCCAGUCCGAACGUCUGUCCAAACCCGAGUCCGAACGCCUGUCCGAACCCGAGUCCGAACGCCAGUCCGAACUCCAGUCCGAACCCGAGUCAGAACGCCAGUACGAACCCCUGUCCGAACUCCAGUCCGACCCCGAGUCCGAACGCCUGUCCGAACCCAAAUCCGAACGCCUGUCCGAACCCAAGUCCGAACGCUUGUCCAAACCCCAGUCCGAACGCCUGUCCGAACCCGAGUCCGAACGCCAGUCCGAACUCCAGUCCGAACCCGAGUUCGAACGCCAGUACGAACCCCUGUCCGAACUCCAGUCCGAACCCGAGUCCGAACGCCAAGUGUAAGGAGAGAACCAGGAGCGGAAACAUCAGUUGUGGACAAAAAAAAGAAUCAGACAACACCAAGUACAGAAGGUGUGAAAAUUAUCAUAUAAACAUAUCUUAAUCACUUAGCAAUGACAUAAUAUCAUAUAUACACCUUGUAAACUGUUUGGUAUUCAUGUAGUAGGCUACUACUACACUCGAUAUAUAUCAUUAUGUGUAAUUUAGGUUUUCUAAUUAAAAUUAAAUACUUACUGCA